AGCUCCGCGAUUCUGACCAGCUUUGCUCACUCUGGUCAGCAUGGCGUGGACACGAUACCAACUCUUUCUGGCUGGUUUGAUGCUCACAACUGGUUCCAUCAACACACUAUCAGCAAAAUGGGCCGACCUGUUUUCUGCGGCCGGUUGCUCUGGCGCACCUGAUCACACCUUUUCUCAUCCAUUCCUGCAGGCUGUGUUUAUGUUUCUGGGUGAGCUGAGCUGCAUGUUUGUUUUCUACAUCCUUCUCUGCCAUGACCGACACAGACCGGAGCCCACCAUGGAGCCCGGCCAGAGCUUCAACCCCCUCCUGUUUCUCCCUCCUGCUUUAUGUGACAUGGCUGGUACUUCCAUCAUGUAUGUGGCACUGAACAUGACGAGCGCCUCCAGUUUCCAGAUGUUGCGAGGAGCUGUGAUCAUCUUCACUGGCCUUCUGUCUGUGGCCUUUCUGGGUCGCAGACUGCUACCCAGUCAGUGGAUUGGGAUUUUGAUCACCAUCCUGGGCCUGGUGGUGGUUGGACUUGCUGAUUUUGUGAGCGGCAGUAGAGAUGAUGGACACAAACUCAGUGACGUCAUUACAGGCGAUAUGUUGAUCAUCAUGGCUCAGAUAAUCGUGUCCGUACAGAUGGUCCUGGAGGAGAAGUUUAUUUAUAAGCACAACGUCCAUCCAUUGAAGGCUGUGGGGACUGAGGGGUUUUUUGGAUUCGUCAUCCUGUCCAUUUUGCUCAUCCCCAUGUACUUCAUCCCAGCCGGCAGCUUCGGAAACAACCCGCGGCAGGUUCUGGAGGACGCGCUGGACGCCUUCUGCCAGAUUGGCCACAAACCGCUCAUUCUUUUGGCGCUGCUGGGCAACACCGUGAGCAUCGCUUUCUUCAACUUCGCCGGCAUCAGCGUGACCAAAGAGAUCAGCGCCACCACACGCAUGGUGCUGGACAGCCUGCGCACGGUGGUCAUCUGGGUGGUGAGUUUGGCGUUGGGCUGGGAGAAGUUUCAUGGCCUGCAGAUCCUGGGCUUCAUCAUCUUGCUGCUGGGCACCGCACUUUACAACGGACUGCACAAACCCCUGAUGGCCAAGCUGCCCUUCUUUAACAGGGAGACGCGGGUGGAGACGGCGGACACGGCCGAGAGAGAUAGACUGCUGGGAGACAGUUAAUGAUGGACGCUGCAUCAGCGCUCUGUUUUUAUUGGUUAAGGAUUGAGCUGAAGUGCCAAGUAUGGACAUUUAGGGCACAUUUCAUAGUUCAAUGUGUUGUCCUUCCAAAUGGGUUGCCAGUAGGGUCUGUAGUAGCCCGAUCAUGAUGCCAUAUUAAAUUACCCAGUUGGGCUUUUUUAAAAGGGAUUUUUUUUGUUUGUUUUAGUUUGUUUAAAACCACUUAAAUUAUAUAUAUAUAUUUGUUUUUUAAAAGGCAAAUCUUUUAAGAUGAUCAAAUUUUUUUUUUAGUAUUGAUUCUUAAUUUUAAUGCACACCGCUGGCCAAAACAAGCCUUUCAAAAGUGGAUUUUUAUAUAUCUAAAUUUGAUCUUUUUAGCCUUCGUUUUAUUAAGGCUGUAUUACAAUUUGUACUUUUUAGUUUGUACAACACUAGUAUUGACUGUAUAAGACAUGAAACGAAGGUAUAACGUUAAGAUUCACGUUGUUGUCUAAGUGUCCGUUUGUUAAGUAUAUCCAUCAAUCAACUCAAUGUUUUUUUGACUGAUGUUUGAUAAUAUGGGCAUUUAAUGAGAAGUUUACUAGUAAUGUAUAGAAUUUAUUUCAAGUA